UGCUGUGGGUGCAGCUGGCUCGGGGCCUCAGACCUCUGCCCUCCUCCUGCCCUGUCCCUUCUGUUAGGAACCCCAGGCUGUCCUCUUGUCUGAGAAGCCAGAGCCCCAGCGCUCCACUGCCAGGGAGGGAGUGCCCGGCAGUGGAGGCAGCAGCUGGAGGAGAGGGCAGGGUCUGGGGGCUGAGUCUGGAAGGGAAGGAGCUGCUGGCCAAACGAAGGGGCGAGCCGGCUGCAUCCUGACCUGCUGGGCUGGGAUCGCACAGGACACACAGGUGCUCCUGCUGUUGUCUCCCGCAAGGCAUGGGGGGCGAGACUGUUCACCUGCAGCACCCGGCUGACCCUGCCUGUGACCUACAUCAUCAUGGAUCAGCUUGUGGGGAUGGAGUGCCAGGAGCAGAGUGCUUGCAGCCAGAUGCUGCGGGGCCUGCAGUCCCAUUCUGUCUACACCAGAGGCUGGUGUGAUGUGGCCUACAACUUCCUGGUUGGGGACGAUGGCAGCGUAUAUGAAGGUGUUGGUUGGGACAUUGAAGGCCUGCACACCCAGGGCUACAACAGUGUCUCACUGGGCAUCGCCUUCUUUGGCAAUAAGAUGGGCAGCAGUCCCAGCCCUGUUGCUUUGUCAGCUGUAGAGGGCCUGAUCUCCUGUGCCAUUCAGAAGGGUCACCUGUCACCAAGGUAUAUUCAGCCACUUCUUCUGAAAGAAGAGAGCUGCCUGGACCCUCAAUAUCCAGUGAUGCCGAGGAAAGUUUGCCCCAACAUUGUCCCACGAUCUGCUUGGGAAGCCAGAGAGACACAUUGUCCUGAAAUGAAUCUCCCAGCCAAAUACGUCAUUAUCAUCCACACAGCUCAGACCAGCUGCAACAUAUCCAUGGACUGCCAAUCUCUCGUCCAGAACAUUCAGUCCUUUCACAUGGACACACGGGGAUUUUGUGACAUCGGAUAUCACUUUCUGGUGGGCCAAGAUGGUGGUGUGUACGAAGGGGUUGGCUGGCACAUCCAGGGCUCCCACACCUAUGGCUACAAUGACAUUGCCUUGGGGAUUGCCUUCAUGGGCCACUUUGUAGAAAAGCCUCCCAAUGCUGUGGCGCUGGAGGCAGCCCAGGCCCUGAUCCAGUGCGCCGUGGUCGAGGGGUACCUGGUUCCUGACUACCUGCUGAUGGGCCACAGCGAUGUGACCAGCACCCUGUCCCCUGGGCAGGCUUUGUACAGUAUCAUCAGCACCUGGCCUCACUUCAAGCAAUAAGGGGCCCUGGGCCCUUCCCAGACUGCGCCCCCCCAACCCCCUCGCCACUGCUGGCUCCCACGUCCUCAUCACCUACCCUGGCUCAGCCCCUGGGUCCCCUCCAGCCUCUACCCUCCCUCAGGUUAGGAUGACCAUGUCCUCUCCUGCUGGCAUCCUCCAGGGGCCCCAUGCCUAUGGCUGGGCACACACAGCUUUCUGAGUCUGAGCCCAGCCAGCCUUGCCCCUCACCUUCUUCCCUGGCACCCCCCUGCUCAGCCUGGUGAGACAAUGGCCCAUCCUGCUGUCUGUACAUGUCCUGCCUCCCUGCAUGCUCCCCUGCCUGGUGGCUCCUGCUGUCUGCCCAUGUUCUGUCCCCCUGCAUGUGCUCCUGCCUGGUGACCCUUGCCGACUGCCAGUGUUCUGUCUCCUCGCAUGCGCCCCUGCCUGGAGGGCCCCUGCUGUCUUGUACAUGUCCUGUCUCCUUGCAUGCACCCCUGCCUGGUGGCCCCCUGGCGUCUGUCCACGCCGAGGUGGCUGUGCCUGCCCCUCCUCUCUGUGCACACGUGCAUUGGGAUGUGUGUGGACACAGCUCUUGUUCCAGGCCCAGGGUUGUUUGUAGGUGUGUCAGUCCUUUCCGCAGGGCUGAGAGCUUCUCCAAGGGAGGAAUUGUGCUUUGACCCUCUCUGUGUCCUCACUUCCUCAGAGUGUCUGAAUUUAACAGAAACAGAUGAGUAAAUUAAUGAGUGACUGGUUGCCUUGCCCAUCUGCUGUAACCCCCCUUGGGGGGUCUUCCUGGAGCUUAGUCCCACUGGUAUUCUCUCCGUCUCGUGCCCCCUCCUCCCCAGUGAUCACAGCUGGCUCUGGCUGCUGGUCUGUCAUGGCUGUGGUGUCCCUAGGAUCCGGUGUCCCUGUCCUCCCAGAGCAUCCUGAGGGCAGGGACCAUGUGCUCCUCCAGGACCCAGCCAGGGCUGUGUCCACACAAGCUGCCCAGUGCCUGCCCUUGCCUGGCUAGGCCCCUAGGCUGCUCCCGCUCAGAGGGAAGCUCCCUCCCUUCGGACAGCAGCAUGGCAGUAGAGUGCAGUGUUGGAAGCACACAGCUGGAGCUUGUUUUCAGUGGUUCUGAUCUGGAAAUAAGGGAAGGAGGGGAGAAGGAGGAAGGGGAGGCAUCAGGAAUAGAGAGGACCAGAAACAUGGGCUUUUCCCCUCUAAGUUUCUUUGGCAUUCUUAUUUUGUCUUUAUUUUAGAGUGUUUCCACAUCUCUUACAACAAGGUUUGAAUAGCCUCACAUCCAUACAUCUCUGUGAUUUUCAAAGACUGCUCCUCUGAUUGCAUUAGAUUGAUUCCGUCCAUUUGUCACUUACCCUGGGGUCUCCUGGGUGCACAAGCAGAGAACUAGUGGUUUGCCUGGAGGGCCACACAGGCCCAGGGGGACUUGGAGCCUCUUCACGAUCUGAAACCAUGUAUAUUAAAAUAAUGCAGAGCCACAAGGAAUAAACAGUAAUCAACGUCUGAUUUUUAUAAAAAGUAUAGAUACAGCCAGAAGUUAACCGGCCAUUGCUUCCUAACUUCCUUGAUGCUUUGACUGGUUACUUGCUUAAUGGCACUAUCCUCCCUGACAGCAAGAUUGGAGACUUCUCCCCACGCCUCUGUGGAUGACAUCACUGCUGUAAAGCCUGAGACUUGGAAUUCUGGAGAUACCAUUGCUUUUCUAAAUCCCAAGCACUAGGGUUACAUUUUUAACAUUGCUGUUGUAAAUUGUUAGUGGGUCUUUAAGGUGUUUUCAGAUUUUGCAUUUUGGAGACCUGCCACACUAACCAGACCCUGGGCAUGGGAACUGAUCCAACAGACCUGAAACGUCCUGCUCUGGAAACUUCCCAGCUGAGAAGAUAAUUUCUGCAUCCCAGCCUUAUGAGCUCACCCCCUGCCAAUCAACCAACCCCAUCCCCUCAC